AUGGCUGCUCCUGUAGGUCGUCUCCAAGGCAAGAAUGCCAUCAUUACCGGGGCUGCAGGUGGGAUAGGUCUUGAGACCAGCAUCCUCUUCGCGCGGGAGGGUGCCAACGUUCUCAUGGCCGACAUCUCUACUCCCGCCCUCGAGAAAGCCCUCGCCAAAGUGAAGGAGGUUGUCCCUAACGCCCCCCGCGUUGAAGCCAUCAAAUGCGAUGUCUCCAAGGAGUCCGACGUACAGGCCAUGGUGGAGUCUCAAGACAGCUGGGGUGGAACUGACGUGAUCUUUAAUAAUGCAGGCAUUAUGCACGCCGACGAUGCUGAUGCCGUGGAUACACCCGAGAAGAUCUGGGACUUGACGCAGAACAUCAACGUGAAGGGAGUGUGGUUUGGAUGCAAGCACGCCGUGCUCAGUCUCCGUCGCCACAAGAAGACAAAGGGCAGUAUCAUCAACACUGCUAGUGUGGUUGCUUUAGUCGGUAGUGCUACGCCUCAACUGGCUUACACCGCUAGUAAGGGCGCCGUGCUGGCCUUGACCCGUGAAUUAGCGAUUGUGCAUGCCCGUGAAGGCUUCCGCUUCAAUGCUCUAUGCCCCGCCCCGCUAAACACCCCACUCCUCCAGGACUGGCUGGGCGAUGACAAGCCCAAGCGCUACCGCCGUGAGGUACAUUUCCCCACCGGGCGAUUCGGCGAGGCCAUCGAACAGGCCCAUUCAGUGGUUUUCCUUGCCAGUGACGAGAGCAGUUUUGUCAACGGCCAUGACUUUGUUGUUGACGGUGGAAUGUCCAAGGCAUAUGUCACCCCGGAGGGACCAGCUACUCCUGCUCCCAAGAACCUGGGUCAUUAG